AUGCCUACAGUGGCCACCGAAGGUGUGAAGAACUCUGAUGAAAGCGCUCCUACCAUCAACAGCCUGGAUGUCGCCCAUGAAGAACAUAUCGGGCAAGGACAUGACGAUGAUCAAGAGACCGCAUCAACACAGAUGACAGCACAUCAAUCACAAAUCUCAGAGCAACUGAAAGUGGAUACCAUGACCGAAACAGCAACAGUGGAGAAUGUGUCGAAGCAUGAGGAGCAGAAACCGCCGGCACAAGAGCCGGUCGCGCCCAUCGACUCACCCGCAUGUCCUUCACUGCCAGCUCUGUUCAAGCCAGCAGAGAAGAAGAGACCAGCGAACACGGGGUGGAAUGAGACGAGGAUGAAGCUUGGACAAGAUGGUGGCAGCAAGAAAGCGGCAGCAAAGGGUGUAGCCGUGGUGACCAUGGAUCGUAGAGCUGCUUCAAUGACCAUUCUUGCCAUCAUCUUCGCAGUGACCAUUGGAGCAAACAUCAUUAUGCGCUUAUAUUCCACUUUGCGAGCAGCAUGAUCAUGUUAAGAUGAACUUGCACUAUGGUUGGGGUGCGCCAUAUCGUUUGCGGUCAGUGUGGAAAAACGGAGCUUCUUUGGUCAAGUGUGAAUGCUGAAGUUGCCAGGGUCAGGUGGAGUUGCAUGGACUGGUGAAAAAUCCCACGGAGUAAGAAUAAUAAGCCUGAUGCUACCAUGGCAUUUUAGUUCGCCAUUUGGUAGUAGGCCUGAUGUAGGAACUAGGAACCAGUUCAGUAUGUCGAAUUGUCUUCAAAUCUUGAGAAUAUUC